AUGGCGUGGGGGUCGUGGGGGCAUGGCGUGGGGGCGCGGGGUCGGGGUCGUGGGGGCAGCCGGGCCGCCUGCGCUGCCCAGCCUCGGUGCAGCCCCUGUCACCCGCCCUGCGACCGCGGCAGGACGGCUCCUUGGCUGCAGCCGCACGUGCCCAGCGCCCCUUCCAGACGCUUCCGAGGGCGCCGCGCGUGCGCAGCCCCGCGGCUCGUCGGUGCUGGUGCCGUCGCUGUCCCCCCGCCUCAGGCACAGGUGACCAGCGUGAGGCCAGCGCGUGCCCGAAUCGGGGCAGGGCAGCAGGGUGUGGUCUGUGCUCAGAAGCUUCUAGAAAUUGUGAUGGUGCCCCGUGUGCCCCCGAUUGUCCCCGACCUCCCUCCCCCACUCACUCCGUACCUAGGACUCAACAGCCAAACUGAAAUGCAGGCGGACACGGUGCGUGGGACCCUCAAGCUCAGGGCUGAGCUCGGGGCUGUGCGCUUCGUCACUGCUGCUGCCGAGCGCAAGCAGCGCAAGCCUCCUGACUCUCCAGCCCGCGCUAGGUUCUGCCCGCCGAGCCGGCCUUGCGACCCGCGAGGGCUGAAGGUGAAGGGCACGGUUCCUGCGGAGGCGCCCCGCUCCUGUCGCGAGCUGCCGUCGGAAAUGCCUGUCGUCACCUGCUCCGCCAGCGGCCCCUCGCCACCCUGGGAGGCCCCCAAGGACGAAGAGAGGAGGAAGUGGAGAAAAAGAACCUCAUUUCAAAGAGGCAAAGUGGUUGUACUAGAAGAUCGGAAAAGCAGCGCGCGGAGCGAGCAGGUGCCCGAGCGCAAGGCAGUGCCCUCUGCCCUGCCACCUGUGCCCUUUGCACCUGCGGCCGAGGACGCCGUGCAUCCUGUGGGAAGACCUUCACCACGCUUCUUCCAGGAGCACGCAGGGGGCCAGACAAAGCCUCCUGCUCCUCCUCCUCCUCUUCCUCCUCCUCCUUCCCCUCCACUUCCUCCUCCUCCUGCUCCUCCUCCUCUUCCUCCUCCUCCUUCCCCUCCACUUCCUCCUCCUGCUCCUCCUCCUCCUCCUCCUUCCCCUCCACUUCCUCCUCCUGCUCCUCCUCCUCCUACUCCUCUUCCUCCUCCUCUUGCUCCUCCUCCUCUUCCUCCUCCUCCUUCCCCUCCACUUCCUCCUCCUUCUCCUCUUCCUCCUCUUCCUCCUCCUCCUCCUCCCCCUCCACUUCCUCCUCCUCCUGCUCCACCUCCUCCUGCUCCUCCCCCUCCUCCUCCUCCUUCCCCUCCUGCCCCUCUUCUUCCUCCUCCUCCUUCCCCUCCACUUCCUCCUCCUCCUGCUCCUCCUCCUCCUCUUCCUCCUCCUCCUUCCCCUCCACUUCCUCCUCCUCCUGCUCCUCCUCCUCCUCUUCCUCCUCCUCCUUCCCCUCCACUUCCUCCUCCUGCUCCUCCUCCUCCUCCUCCUUCCCCUCCACUUCCUCCUCCUGCUCCUCCUCCUCCUACUCCUCUUCCUCCUCCUCUUGCUCCUCCUCCUCUUCCUCCUCCUCCUUCCCCUCCACUUCCUCCUCCUUCUCCUCUUCCUCCUCUUCCUCCUCCUCCUUCCCCUCCACUUCCUCCUCCUGCUCCUCCUCCUCCUACUCCUCUUCCUCCUCCUCUUGCUCCUCCUCCUCUUCCUCCUCCUCCUUCCCUUCCACUUCCUCCUCCUGCUCCUCCUCUUCCUCCUCCUCCUUCCCCUCCACUUCCUCUUCAUCCCGCUCCUCCUCCUCCUCUUCCUCCUCCUCCUUCCCCUCCACUUCCUCCUCCUCCUCCUCCUGCUCCUCCUCCUCCUGCUCCUCCUCUUCCUCCUCCUCUUCCUCCUCCUUCCCCUCUACUUCCUCCUCCUCCUGCUUCUCCUCUUCCUCCUCCUCUUCCUCCUCCUCUUCCUCCUCCUCCUCCUGCUCCUCCUCCUCCUCUUCCUCCUCCUCCUUCCCCUCCACUUCCUCCUCCUCCUCCUCCUCCUACUCCUCUUCCUCCUCCUCUUGCUCCUCCUCCUCCUCCUUCCCCUCCACCUCCUCCUCCUCCUCUUCCUCCUCCUCCUGCUCCUCCUUCUCCUCUUCCUCCUCCUCCUUCCCCUCCACUUCCUCCUCCUCCUCCUCCUGCUCCUCCUCCUCCUGCUCCUCCUCUUCCUCCUCCUCCUUCCCCUCUACUUCCUCCUCCUCCUGCUCCUCCUCCUCUUCCUCCUCCUCUUCCUCCUCCUCUUCCUCCUCCUCCUCCUCCUGCUCCUCCUCCUCCUUCCCCUCCACUUCCUCCUCCUCCUACUCCUCCUCUUCCUCCUCCUCCUUCCCCUCCACUUCCUCCUCCUCCUGCUCCUCCUCUUCUUCCUUCUCCUCUUCCUCCUCCUCCUUCCCCUCCUGCUCCUCCUCUUCCUCCUCCUCCUGCUCCUCCUCCUCUUCCUCCUCCUCCUCCUUCCCCUCCUCUUCCUCCUCCUCCUCUUCCUCCUUCCCCUCCUGCUCCUCCUCUUCUUCCUGCUCCUCCUCUUCUUCCUCCUCCUCCUUCCCCUCCUCUUCCUCCUCUUGGUCUUGCUAUCAGCCAGUAG